AUGCCCGGACGUCGAUUAGGCAAAAAUGGUCCAAAAAUAUCAGAAAUCGGCUAUGGAACAAUGGGUUUAUCGCUUGGAUAUGGACCUCCUGGAUCUGAUGAAGAACGAUUCAAAGUCUUUGAUCGUGCUAUCGAACUUGGUAGUACCUAUUUCGAUACUGCCGAUAUGUAUGGAGAUAGUGAAGAUUUAUUAG